AUGGCCGACAUUCACGACGCCCGCCCCGAAGAAGUUUCCCCUGUUGGCGAGAAACAACCCGAGUCCUCUUCCCUCGAUGCUCCUUCCCAACCGCCAACCAAGAAAGGCCGACUUGGGGCAGUCAGCCUCAUCUUUGCGUGCGGCGCCGCCCUUUUCUCAGAUGGUUACGUGAACGCCUCUUCUGGUCCUGUCGUGACCGUCCUCUCUUACGCCUACCCCCACUAUGCCGACUUUUCUGGAUUCGAAUCUCGUUUCUCCUCCCUCGUCUUCGCUGGUACCGUCUUCGGCAUGCUCCUCUUUGGCUUCUUAGUUGAUCGUAUUGGACGACGUCAUGGUAUGUGGUUUGCUUCUAUCUGGCUUACGCUCUGGUCCAUCCUCAUCGCCGGCGCCUGGGGAGCUGGCGGUUCUAUCGCAGGUCUGUUCACCGCCCUCGCCGCCUAUCGCUUCAUCAUCGGCAUUGCCAUCGGUGCAGAGUAUCCAAGUGGUUCCGUCGCUGCAUCAGAGAACACCGAGGGUGAAGGUAUCAACAAGAACCGCCAACAGAUGUACUUCAUCAUCGCCACCAACACCAUGAUCGACCUCGGCUUCGUCGCCGCCGCCCUGGUCGCCUACAUCCUCCUCCUCAUCUUCGGCAUGAACCACCUCGCUUGGGUCUGGCGUCUCACUCUCGGUCUCGGCGCCAUUCCACCUUUGCUCGUCUUCUUCUUCCGAAUGGGCAUGCAGGAACCCGAACACUACCAGAAGGGAGCCAUCAAGAAGAAUAUUCCUUGGCUCCUCAUCUUCAAACGGUACUGGGUACAACUUCUCGCCAUCUGUCUUGCUUGGUUCGCCUACGACUAUGUCUCGUACCCUAGCGGCAUCUACUCUUCUAUCAUCAUCAAACAGCUCAAUCCUACAGAAGGACAGAGUGACGAGACCGUCCUCCGUCGCAGCCUUGCCUAUUCCGCCGCCCUCAACUGCUUCUAUCUCCCCGGGACCAUCAUCGGAGCCUUCGUCUCCGACCGCCUUGGACCCAAACACACCAUGAUCCUCGGCCUCCUCAUCCAAGCAGUCCUUGCCUUCAUCUUGGCAGGUGCCUUUGGACAGAUACGAGAGUCGCUCGCAAAAUGGCUCACCGUAACCGGGCUAUUCAUAGCGUUCGGCGAAUUCGGACCUGGUAAUAAUUUAGGCCUUCUCGCUUCAAAAGCAUGCGGACCGGCUGCUGUAAGAGGUACAUUCUAUGGUAUUGCUGCUGCAGUGGGAAAAGUAGGAGCUUUCUCGGGAUCUUAUGCUUAUCCGCAAAUUCAGGCCGAUCUGGGCACGCCGGACGAUAACAUCUACUAUGCCGGUCCAUUCUACAUUGCUGGCGGCCUGGCCAUCUUCUCGGCUGUUAUCACGUUCUUCUUCAUUCCGGCAAUCGGUCAAGACAGUAUGAAGCACGAGGACGAAGCGUUCAGGCAGUAUCUGGCGGAUAACGGAUAUGAUGUCUCGCAAAUGGGAUUGCUGGAUAAGGAUCACCCGACUCAGUUUGAGGAGGGUGCUGCGAGAACCAGAUCGAACGAAAAGGCAUCGCUGGAGAACAAGAAGGAGCAGACACAGGCAACUGUCAUUUCUGCACCCGUCAACUAG